CCGGAAGUUAGUUUUUGACUGGAUCGACGUCUUCGUCCGUGAAGAGCCUUCUAUUGUGGAAAGCGGCAAUUAUCGUUAUCCAUAAUUACCAAGAUCGACUUUGGACGGUCGCUUCGUCAGUAAUUUUCACGCACGAGGCAACUAUUGAUUUGAAAAAAUGAAUAUUGCUGGCAUAAAAACACAGUUUGAAGAUGGUGCAAGAAAUGUUCCUUGUAGCAAGUACUGGUGUGACAUCUGCAAAGUAGCUUGCAUAUCUGCUGUGAAUCUGCAGGAACAUAUCAGGGGCUAUCAACACAGAAAAGUUGAACAAAUUUUAAAAGAGACUUUGGGUAAUAAAGUAAGCAACCCUACAACUCCUGCGAUGAAUAGUGGUCCUGAUACAAGAACAUUUGAUGAUUAUCUUUUGUCUUGGAAUGCUGAUGAGCCUUUAAUUGGUCUCAAUUAUGUGAUUGAAUACCAGCGGGAUGGGGGAAGAGACCCAAUGUACGAGUGCACAUUAUGUGACUUCACAGGUUACCUGCGCAUAUUUGUUUCACACCUUGGUGGUAUCAAACACAGAAUGAAUUACAUGUCAAGAGAAUAUCCAGAGAUGGUGAAGUGGGAUGCAACUAAAUUAAAGCAAGAGGAGUUGUGUCUUAUUGUUAAAGAAAGAGCUGCUAUUAUUGAGAAAUUGGAAGGGAGAAGGAGCAUUAAGGUUAUCAGAGGACAGGAUCCACCUAGUACGAUUGGCGUACUUAAAAGGGUUCCACUCCCAAGCAACGAUUCUAGAAUGAAUCAAGGUGGAAGCCUUCAAGAGGGAAUGAAUUCGCAAAGCUAUGCACAGCAUUCGUACCAGGAAUAUGGAUCCAAAGGAUGGGAAAGAAAUCCCUCACGAAUGGAGCAAGAUUUGGUGGAAGACAUAAUGUACACAAGAGAUCAAUCACUGACAAGCAAGAUGAUGUAUUCAGUUCCAAGACAUGAUGAAGGACAAUAUAGAACUGAAGUUCGAUCUUCUGAUAUGUAUUCUGACUGGAGAAGAGAUGAUAAAGACUUUUAUGAAGAGAACAUUGGAGUUAUGGAUCGAUAUGCAGACCACAGGAAAGAUAACAAAUCGCAAUACCGAGAAAAUAUUUCAAGUGGAUAUACUGAUUUAAAAAGAGAUAGCAAAGAACAAUAUGUAGAGGCUAGUAUUGGUUAUGAUGAAUAUUCUGAUCACCGAGGGGGCCCAUAUGGAGAUCGUUUACACGAAUCAGCUGAUUGGAGAAAAGUCCGUCACAAGGAACAUGAAAAUGAUAUCAGGAGUUCAGAUAGAUAUUCAAAUGUAAGAAGAGAUGAUCAGCUACGAUACAUGGAUGAUGGUAGAGGUGCAGACUGGAAAAGAGAUGACAGAAAACAAUAUGAAGAGGAAUACAGUGCCAGAGAACAAACUGGAAAAUCUGAUCACUGGAUGCAGAAAAAGGGUGAUUAUUCCCAGCCACCACGUUUUCCUGAUGUGAUUGAUAAUAAAAGAAAGAAACUCUAUAACUAUUUGCAAAGCUUUCAGAUAAAAAGUGAAGAUGAUGCGAGUUUUGUUCUGAAGGUUACAAAGGCUUUCAAGGAUGCAUUGAUCAGUUAUUACCAAAAGAAGGAAUCCGACCCAGCCAUGAGGGCUACAUUGGAUCAGAGAACUGCAAGAUCCACCGGUAUACCAGAUGGCUAUUCCAGAUAUAAUCCUGAUGCAUCAGCUUCAGCAGUACGAGGCUCAGAAAGCCCCAGAGGUGGCUAUGAUUGGAAACAGGAUAUUUUGGCAACAGACCUGAGGCAAUCACUUGAAUCCUCAUCAUAUCUAUCCUCUGCUGCUGCCAGAGAUUCUGCAAUGUAUUCCUCUUCAGGCAGGGGCUAUUCAUCAGAUGACAAAUCUGGGAGUCAGCAUAUGAACUGGGGCAUGAAUGCAAACUCAGCCAAUACCUACUUUGGUCGCUAAAUUCAUUGCAAGGGUGUAAUAAGAGAAUAAUAGAUGGUUGGGGACUGUGUGUUCUGAAUGCUGCAGAGCACAAACUGAUCUUUUAAUGUACAUCUUAAUUCAUUACCUUCUUCCCUCACCAUGCAUUGCUCUUCAUUUAAUUUUGAUAUACUUUUUGUAUUUGUUUCUGAAAUGGCAGCAUCUCUUAAGGGUAACCAUAUGACUGCAGAUCUAACCCAAGUUCACAGUUCAACUGAAAUUCAAUGAAAUAACAUAUCUCUGCCCCCCACAUAACAUGUAGUGCUUGAAUAGCUUGCAUUUUUUUCUCAUCGAAGACUAAUGUGUACAGAAAUUGAUGCACUUGGAAAACCUAGUUUCAGGAGUGCAUUGUUAUUUUUAUCUCCAAGUUUCUCUUUUCAUCUUGUCAGUGCAUUUGUAUAGGAACUAGCAUUCAUUGAUGAAAAACCCACAUCUGUUGACAGUUAGACCAAGGUGGACAUUAUAGAACCCUCAUCCUGUCCUCGACUGAUGUCAGGAAAUGUACUUGUAAGCAGUGAUUGUUUGGAAUGGGAACCUUGACUGCCACCAUCAUACACCCUAUAUUCGUAUACCGGAGGGAUACUAAGCAAUUCUCUGGCAUGAGAUUGAUAAUGGUGUAGUGACUGAAGGCUUUUACUUCAGUCCAGCACUAUAUGUCAUAUUUACUCCGAUUAAAUGAGCGACAUAUUAGCUUUUCUACAAUUUUGUACUCUGCAUGAGCUUGUACACCUAAUGCAGUCAUCUGUCAUAUCUAUAAGCCAAUUAGUGAUCAUUUAACUUUCAGCUAGUAUUUUAAUGUUCAAUUCCAACAGUAAGAAGUUUUCAAAUAAAUUAGUCAUAAAUUAGAAGGUAACUAUAUCAUCCCCCACCAUGAUGGAAAGCUUUAGAGACUGCUGUUUUGUACAAUUACAGUGGUGUUAAACCAUUCAGCUCAGUUCCUGGACUUAGGUUUGGUAGACAUUUUAAGCAAAAUAAAGGUUACGGAUGGGUUUCAAGACACUCCAUUGACAGUCAAAUUUAAUUCACAUUGUGGUGCAAAAAUGUAGCCAAGUUAGACAAGGUGUCUAAAUCUAUAGAUUUAUGAACAUCUUAUUUUUUCUUCUUGCAACUUAAAUUGCAUACGAUGAUUUGUAAAUUGUCCCUUCCUUCCACCAAUAUGCCAUUUUUGAAUUUGGUGAUGGGGAAAUGCUGCAUGUUCAUCUGGGUGAGUGUGGCUUCUUCAUUUUGAGAAACCACCUCAAUGUAACAUGAGAGAAGUAUAGAAAGACAGUUUCAAGAUGAUUUAUUGAGCUUUCUUGCUGUGUUGUUUCUAAUAUAGAAUAAACAUUGGGAGACUAGAGCCUCUUGCGUAUUAGGCAUGAAAGUCUGCAUCCUUGGGAGUUUUUGUUAAUAUUGCAUUGAUUAGUUUGAUUACCACUUUAAACAUAUAAUUAAGAAUGGGAGUUGAAUACCCAACAGAAAUUUCCUUCAGCUGACAGCUAAUAUUAAGUACAAAUGUUCGUUAACUAUUGUUUGAAUAUUGCAUUUUCCCUGUAACUUUUAAAUUGUACAUUUUAUCAAUUACAUCUAUACUUGUUGGUAAUAUUUAAUAUUAGAAAAUAGAAUUGGAGAAAUAUGCCUGCAUGAUUCUGGACCAUUUCCUCUUGGACUUUGGAGUAGACAAGUAUUAAGAGUUUUGGCUACAUUAAUACAAAGAUUUUUACCAUCUUAGAUUUGCAACUCUGACUUCUGGCCUGUAAAUCUGUUUCAGUUCCAAUCAUUUGGCAUUCACUUAAAUUUGUGUGCAUUUACAUUUCAAGACUUUAUGCAUAAGUGAAUUAUGUUCUUAAGAGAUAAUCAUAUUGUUUUGCAAACUGUAAUUAAACAGUAUUUUCAGCAUUUAAACUAUAUACAUUUAGAAAAGAAAAGAAAAAAAUGCUGAACAGGGUAUUUAAAAGUGCAUUUUGUUUUCCAUUCAAACUGGCAACCAAAAUACUUUGCUAAAGUACCUUAAUGAGUAUGCAAGAGGUUCUACAUAUUGCUCGGUCAAUUAUUCUACCAUAUAGAGUAAGGUUCUAAAUUCAAUUCUAAGUCAGAGUUGAGUUAUCCGGUCUUAAUUAGAGUGUCAUAAUUGAUUGUGGCAUCCAUCAGUUAGGAGGGAAAUAUUGACAUCGGUUCCUAUUCCUGAUCACGGUUCAAGGAUUCUUGCUAAAGUGCUUACAUGACAGGAUUGACUUGGGUUAGAGCUAAUCUCAGAUGGAGUAUCUUCCUGAACUUGACUCAUUUGCUGAUGAUCACUGUGAAGACUUGUAUGCAUAAUGACUAAUUGAAUUGGUGAUUAGCAGCCAUGAAUGAUAAGGAUGGAACAGAAGAAAAUUGUCAUGGAGGUUUUAAAAACUGCAAUAUUUUGCAACUUCAGCCUUGUGCUCUAGUAAGCAGACAAUUGAGAAAGAAUGCAUUAUAUAUUAACUACAGUUCUAAAAUUGAAGCAAGUUGGUGUUGAAGUACAUGCUUGGGGGAGGGAAUCCGAUCUUGUGGUAUGAUCUGAGUUUUGCAAGUAUUAGAACGGAGGCUUCAUCCUUUGCCACAAAACAGUCAAAAUACUCAUGAAUUGGAUAUUUUGCAUCACACAUGAAAUCGAUGUUUGUUUGAGAUCCAAAAUAUGUUUGGCUUGUUGUUAUGGAGUUAUUCAGGCAAGCUGUUAGAGCAAGUAAACUCAUUAAUGAAACCUUGGUUUCUUUUCAGAUUGAAAUUGCUAUUAAGUGACAAUACUUGUAUCAUAAAAUAUAAGACACCCUGUAAUCAUUUCCUUGUAGGUGUACUCUACAUUGGUAUGUAACUGAAGUUAGGAAAUAACAGAAAUUCAAAAUUACAUGGACAUUUUUUAUUACUAGGCCAGUUUUCAGUACGCGGUUAUCGUUCUCUGUAAUGCACAUUGUAUUCUAUUGCCAAGCGUCAACAAUUUGUGAUGUGGCGUGUACCUGAAGGUCAUGAGGUCUAAAUAGUUUCAUAUGCUAAGUUAAUUUAGAGGAUAUUAGAUCACAAGAACAUCUGGCUUCUUAGGUACGUUGGAAUUUUUCUUCUUGUUUAGAAAGUUUCUUUGCAGAUUGGAAGUGACUUGUAAUUAUUUUGAAUUUCAUACUUCAUGUCUUUCCAACUGAGUGUAGUGAUGCAGUUAUGAUCAAAUUGUCUCCAGAACAUGAUUUUUGCUUUGAUUGCAUGACUAAAUAGAGAGUGCUAUUUUCAGUGAAAAACAAUGAAUGUCAUUUUGUGAAAAUUGUACAUUUACUAUCUUUUAAAAGUUUUGUUGACGCUAAGCAACAGUAAUGCUCAAAAUGUAAAACUGCAGGAAAAGUAAUCUAUGUUCUGAGCUUUAUUUCUAAAUUUUUUGAGAAGUUUGGAAGUGUUUCAUCAUUGUCUAAAUAAUUUGUGUGUUUGCUUCUUUGUUUCUGUGACCAUAAAAGGAAUCAAAAUAAACAGAAAAUUGAACAUUGUA